AUGUCCAAUGUAACGGUGAACGCGGACGCGCUCGCCGCGCUGCAAACUUAUGCGCAGGGUUCGGCCUCUAUGGCGCUGCUCUCCAGUGCGCUAGCAGCCUGUCUAUUCGGCAUAGUCUCGAUGCUCGCCGGAACCUCUGCCUGUCUCCUCCUCCGGCGCGACUUCCGCCUCCACUCCAUCCAGAUACAACUGCUCGCCAUCCUCCUCCUUUACGCGUCCACCACAACCUUCGUCGGCCUGACCUUCUCAAGCCUCAUUAGCGCAACUCGGACGCUCGCUGCGGCGGCACGCGCGCUGCACGAUGACAGCUACUCCGCAUCCGUCGGAUACCCCGCAACCGCUUUCGGGUUGCUUCCUUCGGGCGCGACGGCGACGCUCGCGGUGAACAUGUUCGUGGGGGACGUGAUCGUGUGGUGGCGCGCGCUCGCGGUGUGGCCGAACAGCCGACUUCUCCGCGCGGUCGGAGGGGUGCUGUGUGCGGCGACGUUCGUGAGCGCCAUUGUCUCUCUGACGGAUCUGAAGCUGCAACCAUCGUCCGCGCCGGGGGUCUUGGUCGUCGGGAGCGACAAGAUUGGGUUCGUCUCCGUCGUUCUGUCCCUUGCUACGAAUGUGUUGUCGACGACCAUGGUCUCCGUAAAGGCUUGGGAGCAUAGACGCCUCCUUCAGUCAACGUACGGCAAAGCAAGGAGCUCGAGAGCACUUGCGGCGCUAAUUCUCAUCGUCGAGUCCGGAAUCGCUUACAGCGCAUUAUGGCUCAUUAUUGCCAUCACAGACGGCCUAAUAUUCGUCUGGCCCUUUCCCUGGGAACCCUCCCACGACCCCUCGUUACAAGAUUUCCUCACGGUCGUGAACGACCUCGUUACAAUAUGCCUCGUACCCAUAAUAGCGAUAUACCCCAUGCUCAUCAUCGUGUUCGUUGCGCUCGGCCGCUCUCCCAUCGACCGCGUGUGCGCGUCGCUGCCCGCCAUCACCGUCAGUCCUCUCGUCACGUCCGAGACGUGCGCAAAGAGCACGGCGUCGCUCGGUGAUCCAGCAGAGGCAGUGCUUGUCAGGCGGGCGUGCCCGCCAUCGAGGAGCAUCUCGUGCGACUCGGGGUCGACGAUGACCAUGGUGUUCGCGACUAGUGCAUAUGCGCUGGACGAGGAGUUGGGGCUUGGGAGGACCAAUUCGGCGCCGAUGUAG